UCAGGAGCCCCUCCUGUUUGUUAAUGACCUUUUUUAGUAGGCCUACUGCAGAGACUUAGCACCAAGGAGUUUCAGAACAGAGGACAGCGCUCCCCCGACCACCAAACAUGGGACAGACACACCAGACCGAGCAGAAUGACCCGGAGAUCGAUGUCAAGGCACUCCAGGACAUGUACAAAAAGUUUGUGACGGAGUGCCCGAGCGGUGUUUUAUUUAUCCACGAGUUCAAGCGUUUUUUUGGCAUCGACCCAACUGGGGAAGUCUCUGAGUAUGCGGAAAGCAUGUUUCGAGCUUUUGACAAGAAUGGGGAUAACACCAUUGAUUUUCUGGAGUUUGUGGCAGCCUUGAAUCUGGUCUUCCGGGGGAACUUGGAGCACAAAUUACGCUGGUCAUUUAAAGUAUACGACAAGGACGGCAACGGCUAUGUAGAUAGGACAGAACUGCGAGCUAUUAUUGAUAGUAUAUAUCGAUUAAAGAAGACGUCCAAGAGAGAGCAGGAGGAUAUGCAGCUGUCGGUGAAUGAAGUGUGUGAUAGAAUACUGAAGACUGUGGAUGUGAACAGGGAUGGUCACAUCACCCUGGAGGAGUUCAUCAAGGGGGCCCAGGGAGACCCAUGGAUCAUGAACAUGCUCCAACUGGACAUGAACCCUUAUGGCUGGGUGCUGGAACAGAGAAGGAAGAGCGCACACUUUUAAAAUGACUUGGAAAGACAAAAGCAUCUUCAUUUAACACUUUUCUUUAUUUUUUUUAACCCUUUUUUGUCUUAAACUAAAUUA